AUGAUUACAAAGCCCGUCUCCUCACUCUUUAUUUCUAAAGUCCCCCCCCCCCCGCCCCGACGCACCGCCUGCCAACACCACCAUCACAAUCACACACGACCCUCAUCCGACUCUAUAUUUUUCCACGUCCGACUUCUGCUCUUCUCUUUCUAUCUUCCCAGGCAUUCUCUUUCUUUCUUUCUUUCUUUCUUUCUUUCUUUCUUUCUUUCUUUCUCGCUCGCUUUUGCCUUUUUAUUCUUACCUUUUUUUUGUCUUAUUUAUUUCUAUCCCCCUUUCUUUGUUUAUCACAUUUCUUUCUACUCCGUUCAUUCUUUCUCUCUCGAGCACCUUUCCAUUUUUCAUUGCUUUUCCUUCCUUUUUUCCAUUAUACUGCCUACUUUACUAUUUCUCUUUUUCUCUCGGUCUUUCUCACUAUCUAUCUAUCUAUCUAUCUAUCUAGAUCUUUACUUCUUUGUUUUCUACGUUCUCUUUAUUAUUCCUUUCUCUUUCUUUUCCAGUUUUCUCUUGACUAUUCUUUCUUUCUUUCUUUCUUUCGUUCUUUACAGAGAUUUCUUUCUGUCUAGGUUCUGCGCACCUGCUUUCUCUUUCUUUUCUGUUCUCUUCUCUUUCUUUACCUUCUCUUUCUUUCGACCAUGCUUUGUCCCUACUCUAGUCUUUACCUUCUUUUUCGCUUUCCCCACCUCCUUUUUCUUUUUAAUCUGCUUUUCCAAUUUUUCCCCCACUUCCUAUUUUUUUUCUCUUUUCUUUCUAUCUUUUCUUUUUCUAAUCCGUCUUCGCUCUCUCCUUUUUUUUCUACUUGACCCUGUCUCUUUCUGUAUUUCUUUUCUUCCCUCGUUUUCUAUUUCUUUUUUAUUUAUUAUUCACUCUAUCGUCUCUCUUUUCAUUUCAUACGAACGCAUCCAUCCUAUGGAAGUGACGGACACGCUUCUUACCACACGCAUUUAUUCUCUCUUUCUUUCUUUCUUUCUUUUUUCUUCUCUCUCUCUCUCUCUGUCUGUAUUAAUUUCUCCACCCCCACCUGCGUCUCUGUCCAUCUUCAUACCUCUCUCGACAUCAUUAAUUCUUUGCCUAAAUCUUCUCAAAAGACUCACUUGGAUACGACUGCGAAACUCUUCCUUUUCCAUUUGCCUUCCUCUCUCUCUCUCUCUCUCUCUCUCUCUCUCUCUCUCUCUCUCUCUCCCUCUCUCUCUCUCGGUAUCUCUCUCCUCCUCUCUCUCUCUCUCUCUCUCUCUAUCUAUCUAUCUAUCUAUCUAUCUAAUCUUUAUCUCAGUCUGUUUCAAUCAUUCUAUCUAUCUCAUCUACUCAUAUCUAUCUAUCUAUCUAUCUAUCUAUCUAUCUAUCUAUCUAUCUCUAUCUAAGCUUGUCCAUAUCUAUGUAAGUUUUUAUCACCAUUAUUCUCUGUCAAAAUCUUUUCUCUAUCACCCUUUUUUCUCUCUCUCCCUACACACACGUAUAUAUCUACACCCUCUUUCUCUUUCACUCUCUAUCUCUUUAUAUUUAUAUAUCUGUCCUACUCUUAAUCUUUUUAUGAAUUUUAUGCCUAUCAACUUAUCUAUCUUUCUCUCUCUCUCUCUCUCUCUCUCCCCUCCACCCUCUGUAAAAUCAUAUUCGCACACGCACGUGUGUCUGUUUGUGCGUGUGUCUGCUCAUUGUUUCCUUUUAUUGCUUUUCAUCUUCUUCCUCGACCAAUAA